UAAACAUCUUUUCAAAACGCGUUCGAUUUCCGAUAAGCGCGCUCCAGCUGCUCAGCGCAGCGGACUCUCCUCCCGCGUCUCAAACCGGAAGAACUACUUCAGCUGAGCUCCUGAUGACAUCCUGCUGUAAAGAUGGAGUUUAUUAAAGAGGAGAAUGAGAACACGAAUGAUCCAGAGCUCUGCAGAAUUAAACAAGAAGAUACUGAGGAACAAAUAGACCUGAUGGAAGUGAAUGAAGUGGAGGAGAAUCAGCAUCAGCAUCACUUCUUCACAACUGGAGACAAAUCAGGAGGCAAAAAUUAUUUCAUCUGCCCGCAGUGCAGAAAGAGUUUCCCACAUAAAGGAGACCUUAAUAAACACAUACGGAUCCACACCGGAGAGAGACCCUUCAUGUGCAUUCAGUGUGGAAAGAGCUUUACGCAGAAAGCAAACCUUAACAGACACCAGCGUGUUCACUCUGGAGAAAAGCCCUUCACAUGCCCUCAGUGUGGACGGAGCUUCACUUCCACCAGCAUCCUCAAACACCACCUGCGCUCUCACUCCGGCGUGAAGACGUUCAGCUGCGAUCAGUGCGAUAAGAACUUUAUUUUAGCCAGACUGUUGAAAAGACAUCUGAAGAUGCAUGCCAACCAGAAGCCGCACUUGUGCUCCUUCUGCGGGAAGAGUUUUUCACAACUGGACUUUUUUAUCGAGCACCAGAAAAUGCAUAUCGGCGGGAGACCUCACAAAUGCUCAGAGUGUGGAAAUAGCUUUAAUACGGCCGAUUCCUUGAGACGACAUCAGAGGAUUCACACCGGAGAGAAACCCUACAUUUGCUCGCAUUGUGGAAAGGGUUUCAUUCAGUCAGGACAUUUGAGAGCGCAUGAGAGAUUGCACACGGGAGAGAAGCCAUAUCAGUGCUGUUCAUGUGAGAGGAGCUUCACACAUUCAAGAGAACUAGUGACUCAUGUUAGAAAGCGUUGCCCAGAGUAGUUGUUCAUCACUUUAAAGGAAUAGUUCACCCAAAAAAUAAAAAUUUGAUGAAAAUAUACUCAUUCUCAGGGCAUUCAAGAUGUAGUUGAGUUUGUUUCUUCAUCAGAUUUGGGGAAAUGUA